CAGUCCGAGAAUUGAGCUGGGGGUGUGGAGCAGCCAAGAUGGAGCCGGCAGCCGGCAGUCCCGGCCCGCUGAUCAUGAACAACAAACAGCCUCAGCCGCCACCACCUCCGCCACCGGCAACCGCACAGCCUCCACCCGGAGCCCCGCGGGCCGGCGGAGGCCUCCUGCCCGGGGGGAAAGCCCGAGAGUUCAACCGCAACCAGCGCAAAGACUCGGAGGGCUAUUCCGAGUCACCAGAUCUCGAGUUUGAAUAUGCUGACACAGACAAGUGGGCUGCAGAGCUCUCGGAGCUGUACAGCUACACAGAAGGGCCAGAAUUCCUGAUGAAUCGAAAAUGCUUUGAGGAGGACUUCCGGAUCCAUGUAACAGAUAAGAAAUGGACCGAGCUGGAUACCAACCAGCACCGUACCCAUGCCAUGAGGCUCCUGGAUGGCCUGGAAGUCACUGCCAGGGAGAAAAGACUCAAGGUGGCUCGAGCAAUUCUCUAUGUUGCCCAAGGCACGUUUGGAGAGUGCAGCUCGGAGGCAGAAGUGCAGUCCUGGAUGCGCUACAACAUCUUUCUGCUCCUGGAGGUGGGCACGUUCAAUGCAUUGGUGGAGCUUCUGAACAUGGAGAUAGACAACAGUGCGGCCUGCAGCAGCGCAGUGAGGAAGCCGGCCAUCUCCCUGGCAGACAGCACAGACCUGAGGGUCCUGCUUAACAUCAUGUACCUGAUUGUGGAGACUGUUCAUCAGGAGUGUGAGGGUGAUAAGGCUGAGUGGAGGACCAUGCGACAGACCUUCAGGGCUGAGCUGGGUUCCCCCCUGUACAACAAUGAACCAUUUGCCAUCAUGCUGUUUGGGAUGGUGACCAAAUUUUGCAGCGGCCAUGCCCCUCACUUCCCCAUGAAGAAAGUUCUCUUGCUGCUCUGGAAAACAGUAUUGUGCACCCUGGGUGGCUUUGAGGAGCUCCAGAGCAUGAAGGCUGAGAAGCGCAUGGUCCUGGGUCUUCCCCCGCUGCCUGAGGACAGCAUCAAGGUGAUCCGCAACAUGAGGGCUGCCUCUCCGCCAGCGUCUGCCUCGGACCUGAUUGAGCAGCAGCAGAAGCGGGGCCGUCGGGAGCACAAGGCACUGAUAAAACAGGACAACUUGGAUGCCUUCAACGAGCGGGAUCCCUACAAGGCUGAUGACUCUCGGGAAGAGGAAGAGGAGAAUGAUGAUGACAACAGUCUGGAGGGGGAGACAUUCCCCCUUGAGCGGGAUGAAGUGAUGCCUCCCCCGUUACAGCAGCCUCAGACUGACAGGCUCACCUGCCCAAAGGGGCUUCCGUGGGCUCCCAAGGUCAGAGAGAAGGACAUUGAGAUGUUCCUCGAGUCCAGCCGCAGCAAGUUUAUAGGUUACACUCUAGGCAGUGAUACAAACACAGUGGUGGGGCUGCCCAGGCCAAUCCACGAAAGCAUCAAGACUCUGAAACAGCACAAGUACACAUCGAUUGCAGAGGUCCAGGCCCAGAUGGAGGAGGAGUACCUUCGCUCUCCCCUCUCAGGGGGAGAAGAGGAAGUAGAGCAAGUACCUGCAGAAACCCUGUACCAAGGCUUGCUUCCCAGCCUGCCUCAGUACAUGAUUGCGCUGCUGAAGAUUCUGCUGGCUGCGGCCCCCACCUCAAAGGCCAAAACGGACUCAAUCAACAUCUUAGCAGAUGUCCUGCCUGAGGAGAUGCCCACCACGGUGUUGCAGAGCAUGAAGCUGGGCGUGGAUGUGAACCGCCACAAGGAGGUCAUUGUUAAGGCCAUUUCUGCUGUUCUGCUGUUGCUGCUCAAACAUUUUAAGUUGAACCACGUCUACCAGUUUGAAUACAUGGCCCAGCACCUGGUGUUUGCCAACUGCAUCCCAUUGAUCCUGAAGUUCUUCAAUCAAAACAUCAUGUCCUACAUCACCGCCAAGAACAGCAUCUCUGUCCUGGAUUACCCCCACUGCGUGGUGCACGAGCUGCCGGAGCUGACCGCCGAGAGUCUGGAGGCAGGUGACAAUAACCAGUUUUGCUGGAGGAACCUCUUUUCCUGUAUCAAUCUGCUUCGGAUCUUGAACAAGCUGACAAAGUGGAAGCACUCGAGGACCAUGAUGCUGGUGGUGUUCAAGUCGGCCCCCAUCCUGAAGCGCGCCCUCAAGGUGAAGCAGGCCAUGAUGCAGCUGUAUGUGCUCAAGCUGCUCAAGGUGCAGACCAAGUACCUGGGGCGGCAGUGGCGGAAGAGCAACAUGAAGACCAUGUCUGCCAUCUACCAGAAGGUGCGGCAUCGGCUGAACGACGACUGGGCGUAUGGCAACGAUCUUGAUGCCCGGCCUUGGGACUUCCAGGCAGAGGAAUGUGCCCUCCGUGCCAAUAUUGAACGCUUCAACGCCCGGCGGUACGACCGGGCCCAUAGCAACCCGGACUUCCUGCCUGUGGACAACUGCCUACAGAGUGUCCUGGGCCAGCGGGUGGACCUCCCUGAGGACUUCCAGAUGAACUAUGACCUCUGGUUAGAAAGGGAGGUCUUCUCCAAGCCCAUUUCUUGGGAGGAGCUGCUGCAGUGAGGUCCUGGGCAAGGGAUUGACAAGGAAAGGGGGAGUGACCUGGAGGUGCCCCAGGGGCUGUCCCAGUCUGUGGGUGCAGUGCUCCCACCUUCCUCCAGGUGGCAGCAUGGCCCCACGGUGCCCUCCCUAGGCCGUGCUGGGCUGGUCGGGGAGGCCAGAUUUGGCCCCUCAUUGAUUCCCAGCGUCCUGCUCUGAGUGCAGUCUGCUCUCAGCUUGGGAUCCCCUCUUCCUUCACUCCUCCCUACCCUCUUCUCCUGGACACGGUUGGUUGCAGCUCAUUUCUCAUUCAGCCCAAGGCUGGGAAAAGCUGGAGUGGGCUGGGAAGCCAUUGCAUCUGAAUCGCAGGGGUCACGCUGACUCUUCCCAAGAUGCACAGAUUCUUGGCAUGUCAGCCUGCUGAGGAGGAGGGCUUAGGGUAUGGGCCAGGGCCAGAAAGUUGGAAUCUUGGUUUUGCUUUGGGGGUUUCUGAUGUCAUUCCAGCCUCCUGCUAAGUUUCGUCCAGAAGCAGUUGCAGAGGCUCCUACAUCUGCCUCAAUGCUUUGAUUUGGGAUGGGGUUAGGGGGUAGGAAGGGAAGCUGCGCUUCGCCAGAGAUGCCACUUCUCCUCUGGGUUUGCGAGGGUCUGUAAAUAUCUAUAUAUAUAUAUCUCUGUGUAUUCUCUCAUGUCUUGUGGGGUUUUUAACGUGUUUGUGUAUUCUGUUUACAUUAAAAAGAAGCGAAACCAAUCCCCAUUGCCGUGUCUGCAGGAAGUAUGGCCCCUAUCUCCUCCCAUCUAGAAAGUAGCCUUUCCUGCCAGCAUUGAUGGGUCACCCACUUGUUCCCUGCCAGGCUACCUGCCUUUCCCACCUGAGAGGGAGAAAUGGGGGAGUUGACACUUACCCAGAGUGUUUUUCCCCACGUCAAUCUGGAAUCGCUUCAGCCCAGCUCCAGGGCUCCUGGCUGCUGGGGUGACCCGUAGUCCUGUGUGCCUGGGUUUGAUGUGAUCGCAGUAGAAGCCCCAGGCAUCUCUGGAUCACACUUCUGAGUUGGCUUCCACUACAAACCAGUUGUAGUGCCAGCGAGGGAGCGGCUGAGUCAGCGAGGGCUCAGCUGCUCUGGGCCCUCACAAGGGUGGGUGGUUGGGAGCGAGAGGAAACCGCUGUGCCCAGAGCCUGGGGAAGCAGUCAGCCUCACAAGGGGAAGGUGUGUGUUUGGAGGGCACAGGAGCCCACAUUGCUGGGGAAGAGGCAAGGGGAUUCUCUGUGGUAGGUGUUGGUUGGAGGCCUCCUGGAGCCUGCACCUGGCCUCUAAUCCCUGGACACAUGUGCUUCCACCUACUUCCAUCUCCGCUUCUACCUCCUUCCAUCUUGAGGUUCUGUUUCUGGUGCAAGUGAUACCAUAGGACCGUUCUCUUUUCAGAAUUAUUUGAAGGUCCCUUCUCUUACCUGUAGGCCAUGUGUAUUGGAUCUUAAGUCUCUGAGGGGUCUUGACUUACAAAGGAAAUGUACUCUGGGGAGAAUCUCCCUUUUGCUGGUUCAGUGCCUUCCUGGCCUGGGUCUUGGCUGAGCCCCAGUGCAGGCCCCAAGCUGGGCUUCCAGGGUAAGCCUGCAUGAUUUGGAGCAGCAAGGGUGAAGCCAACACUGUCCUUUUUCUGUAAGCUUCUGAGGUGGGAAGUUCCCUGUGACUGACUGAAUUUCUGCUCCUCGGUAACUUGCACCAGACAAGGGAAACAGACACCAUUCAUGUGUGUGGGAUGGAAUUUCUUCUGUUCCUAGCCUGGACCAAUAGGAAGUAUGUAUCUUGAGAUUUUAGUUCAGGUAAGACAGAUUUUCACUUUCCUACUCCACCAGGCAGCCUGGAUCACUGAACCAGCCUGUCUGAAGUUUUGCUUCGUUCCCCUUUUUAUGAUCUCCCCAGUCUCUUCUGAAGUUUCCCUUAACCAGAGGUGCCCUUUUUUCCCCCUCUUGGUUUGCAAAGGUCUGUAAAUACUUGUAUAUCUAACUUACCUAUAAGUUUGUGCAAACAAGAAUGCAGAAUAUCAACGCUGCAGCUUCAUGAAGCCGGAAUGGGCAAGUGAAUGCCUGCAUCUGUGGGCCCAGGGGCUGGCCCAGAGAGGCAGAGCCAUAUCCUAGCCACAGAGUGUGCUAGUGCUGGGCUGGCCAUUCAGAUCCAGGCUUUUGUACAAAAACAGCUUUUGGAGCAAGUGGGCCACGUUCUCUUCGCGGUUUUCUUUCUCAUCUGGGCCCUGAGAUGGGCAGGGUACAUGCAGGCCCUUCGUAAAUGGUUGAGUUACACAAAAUGUUGAUGAUUGCUACCAGGCUGAAGGGCUAGGGCUCCUUCCAUCCACUGACAGAUGGGUUACCUGGUGGCCUUAUCACCUGAGGGAACUGGCCCUUGUUAAUCAAAAGCGUUUACCACUUGGUGCCACAUAGGUACCAGGUCCGGUCCCCAUGCUUCUUGAAAGCUUGUUCCCCACACAGGAGCCAGCCAGUGUUCAGUGCUUGCUGUAUGCUAGCCGCUACUCUGAGUGCUUUGUAUGUAAUAUCUUACUGCUUUUAAUAACUCUGAAAGGUA